AUGGACCCUGCCAAGGUCAGUGCGGUAGCCAAUUGGCCGACACCGGACUCGAGAAAGAAGGUUCAGCAGUUCCUAGGGUUUGCUCAUUUCUACAGACGAUUCAUUCGGAAUUUCAGUUCGGUUGCAGCCCCGUUGCAUGUGCUUACCUCCUCAAAGGUCCUCUUCAGAUGGACCCCCCAGGCCGACACUGCCUUCCAGAGCCUCAAGGAGAUGUUCACCACAGCUCCCAUUCUCACCAUCCUGGAUCCUCUAUGCCAGUUUGUGGUCGAGGUCGACGCCUCUAAUGAGGGCAUUGGGGUUCCUGUCGCAAAGGUCUGCGGAGGACAACAAGAUGCAUCUGUGUGCCUACCUGUCACGUAA